AAAGUGUGUUGUUAAUAUUUUCUGAGAUUCUCCCUAUGCAAACUAAUAGCGGAAGUAGCUCUCUGAAAUCUUGCAGAAACCAUCGAUCGGUGCAGCAAAGAGGCCGUCAGUGUACUGUAUCACAAUGUCUUUCGAUAAAUUCAAACCCAAAUACAAAAUACAUGAAGAGACGGAGAAUUACUUCAAACUGAGGGCGGAGGCAGGGGCUAAACCAUAUGAUCAGCUAACGGUUGAAGAGGCAAGGGAAGGAAACGUUGCAAACGCCAAACGCUUUGCAGGCACCACGGAAUUCGAAGGCACCGUGAAAGAGUUCACAGUUCCAACCAAACACUGCAGCGAUGGAAUCCCCAUCACUGUGUACCGGUCCAAGCACUGUGAUCUGUGUGUGGCCCCCUCAGUGUUCGUCUACUUUCAUGGCGGGGGGAAUGUAGUUGGGUGUCGCCAAACGGUGGACACGAUCUGUCGAAUCUUCUCCAGAGACGCCCCCUGUGUGGUGGUAAAUGUUGAAUAUCGCCUUGCCCCAGAACAUAGAUGGCCGGCCAACCAUGAAGACGCCACAUGUGUGGUCCGCUGGGUCAAAAUGAACAAAAGUCUUCUUGGGGCUGUCAACCGCAGCACGGUGGGGGUAGGUGGGGACGGAGAGGGUAGCCGCAUGGCAGCUCUCGUUUGUCACGAGGUCCCUGAUUUAGGGUAUCAGGUGCUAGUGUACCCUAGUGUUGACUUGAGGAGGAACUACAAGUCUGCAGAGGAAUUCGCAGAAAUGCCUGGACUCACAAAAAAGAUGGUGGAUUGGUUCAUGGACCACUACAUAGAUCGCUCUGACCUUGACAAUGCUAGAGCUUCUCCUUUGCUUCACACUAACUUUAACACACUUCCGCCGGCAUUGAUUAUAAUCGCUGAACUUGAUGCACUGAGGGAUGAGGGUAUUGCGUACCAUGAGAAACUAAAGGAGGCAGGCGUGAAGUCACAGAUCUUCACAGUAAAAGGUGUGACUCACGGAUUCUUCCAUCUUCCAGGACAUUUUAAAGAGUGUUGCCUUAGAGCCCACGAGAAAGUAUCCAAGUUUAUCAAAACACACUCCUGAACCUCAAAAUCACUGCUUCCUUCUCAACAGCAGCAGCAGCCCAACACUCAAUUGUAAAACCCAAUUUGAUUGGUCAAUGUUGAAUGCUGUCAUAUCACAUCUACUCAGAAUAAGGAUUAUUGUAAUUUACAUUGUAGCCAAGAUAAUAUCUCUUAGACAGUUAAGUGUAUCUAGAACUAUUUUAAGGGAAGAAAAAAUAGACACUGUAUGAAGUUAGUAUCGUAGCCUUGAUAAAAAAUCUACUAGGUAUAGUGUAGUGUACAUGUAUUUAAACUAUUUUGAUAAAUGAUGAUGUAUAUAUGUGCAAUCUGAUUGAUUAGCUUUGAUAAAAGUUUUACUAACCAGUGAUAUAGCCAUGAUAUUGUCUUUUACAUUAACCAUUUAUGUAGUUUCUAUAUGUAAUUGAUAACAUAUAUUUAGGAUGUAUGUUCUAUAAUAAUGAGGAUAAGAUUUUGAACAAGUGAAAUAAUUUUCUUAAUUCUGUCUCAUUUUUUGUUUCCAUAUAAGAAAGAUUUAUUUUUUUUGUGGAAAUCAGAAGAACCAGUUUAUUGUAUUUUCAAUGUUAUAAACUGUCUGUUUUAAGUUUAAUUUUGCUAUGGUUAGUACUCUGCAAUUAGUAGAAGUACUUGUUUAUGCUAUGUAGUACAAUUUAUAUAUUUUUUCAUCUUGUUACUUUAACAAAACCUCUUAUAAAUAUGCUUUUAAUAAUAUCUUACUCGUGAUGCUAUUGCUAUGUUGUAUGUAUGCUAAAAAAUGUAUAGAAGAUCUAUUGAUCGAAGCUCAAGUUUCAACAAGUAUGGUGUAAAUUAAGGUGGACAACUAUUUUUCAUUUUCUUUAUCUGCAUUUUAUUGUUCUUGGUUUUUAAAAAUAGUAUUUUUGCUUGGACCAAAGACUCAAUUAAACAGUUUCAGUCAUAUCUUUUUUUUAUUGGUUUGAAGUUGUUUAAAAGUCUGCAUUUUUUAAAGGCUGACUUUGUCUCUACCUAGUUUGUAAAUACCUGCAGAUAUAUACAUAUAUAUAUAUAUACGUGUACAUCUAAGUUUGGGACAUGUCCUUUGUAAGUCAUAAAGCUGAAAUGGGGAAGUGGUUUUGGUGGUCUUACAGAUUUUCUAAUAAUUAGGGCUUGAGAACUAGAUUAUCAGUGGCUUAACAUAAGGUUUUUCUCAUCUGUCCUAGUACCGGUAUAACAUCACACAGAUAUCUGCAGUCAAGCUUGUUGGUGCAAAAUUUACAUUUACAUGCACAAUUAUGACCAGAAGCAAUUAGUACAAUUAGAUACAUUUUAAGAUGCAGUUACACAAUGAAAUUUUUCAUCCAAUUUUAAAUUGAGUUGCUCAAGUAAGUCAAAAUAAUUCAAAUCUUGAGGUGGUCAAACGAUUUAAUUUUGCAAUUGAUUUUCAAUUAUUAAAACUUAUUCAAUUUUAUAAUUGUCAGGAAAAAGUUAAUUCUCACCAGGGAGUCGAUCAAAAAUCGGACGCACUUCAGAUUUUUUAAUCGACUUUCAGACUUUAUUUUCGACUAGGUGGUCACACGGUACGAUUUUAGUUGAAAGUCGAAUCGAAUUAUAAAAUCAGAUGGAAAAUUAAGUGCAAGAUUGCAUCAUGUAACCGCACUUUUAUAUUUGAAAAUUAGUCAAUUCUUCUUGACUUACCAUAAAUAAAAAAGCAAAUAACUAUGAUCUAAUAUGUAGAGCUGAUUUUCAGUGGGAAGUGUUCAGAACUCUGUAAUUUAUCUCAAGGAAGUUUCCCAAUUUUCGUUGUAGGUCUUCCAUCUCAAAUUUGGUUGUUCUUUUUGUGCUAGUCAUUGUAAUUUUUUAUAGCUGAAGUACAGUAUUUUUUUUUUUUAAACUUGUUCAUAAAGUGCCAUUUUUUGUACUGACUGAUUCAAGUUUGAGCAAUGUUUUAUAUAUUUUUUUUUACAGUUCUGUGAAGUUGAUAUAAAACCCCAUAAAUAAACAGUUUUUGCAUAUACAGCCAAUAUGUUGUGACAGUCUUGAUCUUGUCUUGGUACAUGCAUUUUACAAUAAGUUUCAACGAUAUGCAGAAUGUUUCUUGCCAUGCAGUCACAUCUGACAUUUUCAAAAUAAACAUAAAUACUAUAAUAUAAAGAUUAUUAUCAAAUGCAUCUCCCUAUUACAAAGUAUUUCUGUAUUUUAUAUACAAUGUCAUGUAUAUUGAAAGUACCCAAAAUCUACAAAUGAGGCUCCAUGUACUCUGUUGGAUUCUUUUGCUCAUGACUGUCUUGCCUUUUAAGUGGCUGGAAGCUUAAUCCAUGUUUUGUUUAAUAUUGUACAUGUCUACUACAUGAAAAAUCCUGUUGAUUUUGAUAAGCAAUAGUUUUUUAUAACAUUUAUCUGAACUAGAUUUUUUUCAAUACAAGGUGAGAAAGAAACAACGCAGCAAAGCUACAAUUUUUUUUAUUGUUGCUCUGACAACUCACAGACUUGUAUAUGACCAAGACGAUCAAUUUUAUUAACUGCCAUUUUUUUUAACAACUUUAAACAUACAUUUUUCUCAAAACCCUGUUUACAAUGGCAUUACGUCACAUGUUUCAAAAUAAUAUUAUAUUGGUGCUUGUUUCAUUUUGCUGGUUCAAUAUUUUUAACAUGGUUUUAUUUUUUGUUUGUUUGUUUAUUUUGAUACAAUGAAGACACUUGUAGGAAUGUUAAUGAGAAUGAUUGUUUGCUUUGAUGUAACAGCAGUAUAUAUAGUCUCUUCAGACACUUUUGUUAAAUGCAAUAAAUUGACUUAGAAACUCUGAA